UGAGUCAUUUUCAGUAUGUCAAAUUGGUUUUACGAUGUAGAGUGCAAUCGUGUGAACCAUAAUGUAGAUUUAAAUUAUUCAGUUAAUUUUUUAGAUAAAAUUAAUUUGUACGCGUGAAAAUUAUAGAAAAUUGAGUCACCUUACACAUUUUAAAAUUGUAAAAUAGGAAUAUGGAGCAUAAUGGAGGACCAGUUGAAGUUGGAACUGAGAUUGAUGGCUGGAUAAGAGGACCUAUAUUAGGACAUGGAGGAUUUGGAAUGGUGAUAUUAUGGAAAAAGAAGGAUUCCACUGAAACUAUAGCUUUGAAACAAUGCAGAUGGGGUCACGAUGCAAUGAUGACACCAAAACACAAGCAUAGGUGGAAAUUAGAAGUCGAUAUUAUGAAAAGGCUGUCUCAUCCAAAUGUUGUUAAAGCAUUAGAAGUUCCUCCAGCUUUAGAUGUGCCAGAAACUGAACUGCCACUUCUUGCUAUGGAAUAUUGUAGUGGCGGAGACUUGAGAAAGGUGUUAUCCAAGUCUGAAAAUUGCUGUGGUCUAAAUGAACGAGAAGUCAAAAAUUUAAUCAAGCACAUUGCUGCAGCAAUUAAGUAUCUUCAUUCGCAACGUAUCAUUCACAGGGAUUUAAAGCCUGAAAACAUCGUGUUACAAGAAAUGGAUAACAAAAUUAUUUAUAAGUUAAUUGACCUUGGAUAUGCAAAGGAAUUGGAUCAAGGUAGUUUAUGUACUUCAUUUGUUGGAACUUUGCAAUAUUUAGCUCCUGAAUUAUUUAUGCAAAAUAAAUAUUCAAAUACUGUUGAUUAUUGGAGUUUUGGGUUAGUUGCGCAUGAAGUUAUUACUGGACAAAGACCUUUCUUGCCACACAUGAAUACACCUCAAUGGAUGCAACAUGUUUCUAAUAAAACUAAAAAUCACAUUGGUGCAAUAUUGGACGAAGAGGGGAAAGUCAUGUUUGUGGAAGAAUUGUCUCCUUUCGUAAAAAUAACAAAUAUUUUCAAAAAAGAUAUGGAAAUGUGGUUGAAGCUGAUGUUGGAUUGGAAUCCCUUCAGAAGAGGUCGGGAGGGAGACAUGACGACGUACGAACUUCUAGACCAAAUAUUAAAUAAAAAGGUCAUUCAAGUGUUUUGCACUGAAAGUUGCAGAUUAUUUGCAUUAGAAGUGGAAGAUAAUGUAAGUUUAGAAGAAAUUCAAGUCUUGUUUGAGUCAGAAACUGGCAUACCUAAGAACGAACAAGAAAUACUGUUGCCAAAUGGUUCCUUUCCUGACCCGAAUAAAAAUGCCGUGCAACUUUGGACUAAUCCAGAAGAAGGCGAAUCGAUUGUGUUUUUAUCUAAAAAAUGUAAUUUCAACGAAUUUAGUGGAACUAAACUAUGCAUUCCGCCUCUGGUGGCCAGAAUGACUCGUAGUCCCAGAUUGACCAUGGAUUACGAGCUCCAAAAAUCCGCUUGGACUCAGGCCUUAUAUUUAUGUCACAACGAAAGAACAGUUUGUCAGAAAUUGCUACAAGCCUAUAAAAUAAAUGUAGAGCAUAUCGUGUCGAUUAAUUCGGUUACGUACAAAGCAAUGUCGAAAAUAGCAAUUGAGAAAAAUUGCCUGUCUGCUAAGGUCGAAUUUUUUAAGAUUAGUUUAGAAAAAGAUUUAAAAAAGUAUGAAGAACAAGCAAGAAAUAAUGGCAUAACUUCUAAUAAAAUGCAUGAUAAAUGGAAGAAGAGUUUUGAUCUUAUAGAAAAAUUUGAAAAUCUUCUUAGAAAAAUUGCACAUUUGGAGAUAAAUUCUGCAAAUGCUAAAAUAAAAACAGUGGAGUUUCAAAAGAAUCCAUAUAAUCAUUUAGUAUUGCCAAAACAUUUGGAAGAUAUAUAUCAAAAGAUUUUAGAUGCCUAUCAUCGUCUGAAGAGAAAAACACAAGAACAAAGAAAUAUUCCGUCCGAUAAUGUAGAAAUGGUACAACUAGUCUGUUCUUACAUUCAACAAAAAGAUAAAGUACUGGGAGAUAUAUUCAGUUCCUUGGUGAACCUAAAACAAAUGAAAAAAGACAUAAUUGAAUUACAACCAAAAUUAGAAAGUUUAGCUCUUGAAAUUCAAGAAUUUUCUAAAGAAGUGCAAACAGCUCAACUAAUGAGACAAAAUGACUUAUGGACAAUUCUAGAAUAUACUAUAGAUAAGUUGAAAAUGACAAUGCCUCAAUCGUCAUCCAACCAGAGAGUAACCGAAAGGCAUAGUCAAACUAGUCUGGCUUCAUUUUCACAGCAAAACAGUUUUCAUCCACAAGCAGAACCUAUGACAAGUGCAAACAAUUCAUAUAUGGAUCAGUCUUAUGCUAAUUAUCUGAUGUUUGGAAUGCAUCAGCAUACUAUCCCUAAUUUAUGGUCUCUCUUAUCUCAGUGUUCGACUUCAUCUAAAGAUAGCUUAUUGAGUUCUCUUUCGAUGCACUCUGUUCGAGAGAGGAGUAAUCAAGAUUCUUUAAGAUUACUAGAGGAGAGUGAAGAUUUAAGAAACAAAAUGGAUUAUUUAAUAAGUAACUUAUCAGAAAAAUGCAAAACUUUAGAUAAUCCUUCAGAAGGGAUGGAAGAAGAAUUAAAAUGCGAACGCCAGAGCAGAAAUGAAGAAACGUGAAGGAAAAAAGAAAAAAAUGCCCGAGUUGUUAUAUAUAAUCGAUUAUUUUAAUAUUACGCGACAGCUUUCGUUACAAAGUGCCAGAAAUUUGUUAUUCAUAUAUGCAGGGUUCCUACGCACCUGGAAAGUCAGGGAAUUUGUUUCCUUGGUUGCCUUGUUGAUUUUGUUUGCUGACAAAAUGAUUGGCCAAGUGUAGCUGUCUGCAGACAGCCAGACGUAUUGUGAUACAAUGCAACUGUGAAAAGAGAGUGCAGAAUAUUUUCAGAAUCCAAAAUUUUCCCCAAAAUUAUAGCACACAAAAUAUACAAGCAUACAACAAUAUCAAUUGUUAUUUUUAAAUUUUUAAAUACUUUUUCGAUUUUAAAACUGCUUUAUUAAUUAUGCAAUAUUAUAAGUUUGAAAGAAAAAUCUAACACUUAAUAAUCUAAUGUUGAUAAAAAAUGUUUGAAAUAUUUUAACUUUCUAACUCUUGCAAUUUACACUUUCAAUUUGAGGGAAUAUGUUAAUAAACUGAUGGAAAAAAUGAUAAAUAACUUGAUAAAUAAUACCAUUUGAAUUAAUAUUAUUUUUCAUUUUAAUAAUUUUGAUCACAUAAAACAAUUUGUGAUUUCUGAAACUUUAU